GCCCGCCCGCCUGCCUUCCUUCCUGGGUUGGAGCAAGAAGCCAGAGCCAAGACUCCUCAGGAAGCCGCCCAGAAGACACAAGCCCAGCUCCCGUUGGGUUGGCUCGUCCUCGACUGUCGGGCGUCUCUCUCGAAGGAAAGCGACAGGAGGAAGGACUGCCUUCGGGUCUCCUUCUGGAGGAGGAGGAAGAGGAAGAAGAAGCCGCUCUCCUCCAGGGAGGAAUUGGCCUCGCCGCGCUUGACAAGGCAGCCUCCCCUUCGGCCACAAUGCGGGGUCAGGCUACAUUGACUCUGCUGCUUGUUUGCCUGCUCCACCUCCAGGUCCGGGCCUCGGGCGUCUUCGAGCUGAAGCUGCAGGAGUUUGUCAACAAGAAGGGGCUCCUGGGCAACCGCAACUGCUGCCGGGAGGGGGGCGGCGGCGGCGGCGGCGCGGCGGGUCCCUCGGGCUCUCCGCUGCAGGCCUGCGAGUGCCAGACCUUCUUCCGCGUGUGCCUCAAGCACUACCAGGCCAGCGUCUCCCCGGAGCCGCCCUGCACCUACGGCAGCGCCCUCACCCCGGUCCUGGGCGCCAACUCCUUCGCCGUCCCCGACCACGCCGCCGGCAGCAGCGGGGCCAGCGGAGAGCCCUUCUUCUUCAGCAACCCCAUCCGCUUCCCCUUCGGAUUCACCUGGCCGGGCACAUUCUCUCUCAUCAUUGAAGCACUGCACACUGAUUCCCCUGAUGAUCUCAACACAGAGAAUCCAGAGCGUCUCAUUAGCCGCCUGGCUACCCAAAGACAUUUGACCGUUGGGGAAGAGUGGUCCCAGGACCUGCACAGCAGUGACCGCACUGACCUCAAGUAUUCCUACCGCUUUGUGUGUGAUGAGCACUACUAUGGUGAAGGCUGCUCUGUCUUCUGUCGCCCCAGGGAUGAUGCUUUUGGCCACUUCACCUGUGGAGAGCGUGGGGAGAAAGUCUGCAACCCGGGCUGGAAGGGCCAAUACUGCACUGAUCCGAUUUGCUUGCCUGGAUGUGAUGAGCAACAUGGAUUUUGUGACAAGCCUGGAGAAUGCAAAUGCAGAGUUGGUUGGCAAGGACGUUACUGUGACGAAUGCAUCCGGUACCCAGGUUGCCUUCAUGGAACUUGUCAACAGCCAUGGCAAUGCAACUGCCAGGAAGGCUGGGGUGGCCUUUUCUGUAAUCAAGAUCUCAAUUACUGUACACACCAUAAGCCUUGCAAAAAUGGAGCUACUUGUACCAACACUGGACAAGGGAGUUACACUUGUUCUUGCCGGCCUGGUUACACUGGUUCCAACUGCGAGAUUGAAAUCAAUGAAUGUGAUGCCAAUCCUUGCAAGAAUGGAGGAAGUUGUACUGACCUUGAAAACAGCUACUCCUGCACCUGUCCACCAGGCUUCUAUGGUAAAAGUUGUGAGCUGGGUGCCAUGACUUGUGCAGAUGGGCCCUGUUUCAAUGGAGGACGAUGCACAGACAACCCGGAAGGUGGAUACAGCUGCCGUUGCCCAGUGGGUUAUUCUGGAUUUAACUGCGAAAAGAAAAUAGACUAUUGCAGCUCAAAUCCCUGUGCUAAUGGAGCUCAGUGUGUUGACCUUGGGAAUUCCUACAUAUGCCAAUGUCAGGCUGGCUUCACUGGACGACACUGUGAUGAUAAUGUGGACGACUGUGCUUCUUUUCCUUGUUUCAAUGGUGGGACCUGCCAAGAUGGAGUUAACGAUUAUUCUUGUACCUGUCCACCGGGAUACAGUGGAAAGAACUGUAGCACUCCAGUCAGCAAAUGUGAACACAGCCCUUGUCAUAAUGGGGCAACUUGCCACGAACGAAACAACCGCUAUGUCUGCGAAUGUGCGCGUGGGUAUGGAGGCCUCAACUGCCAGUUCUUGCUUCCUGACCCACCUCAAGGAGCAGUGGGCUUUACCAUACCAGACAAGUACACCAAUGGCCAGAGCUCCCAGUUCCCUUGGAUUGCAGUGUGUGCCGGAAUCAUUCUGGUCCUCAUGCUCUUGCUGGGCUGUGCGGCCAUUGUUGUCUGCUUCCGACUCAAAAUGCAAAAGAGGCAGCAUCAGCCAGAUGCCUGCAGGAGUGAAACCGAAACCAUGAACAACUUGGCCAACUGUCAAAGGGAGAAGGACAUCUCCAUAAGUGUCAUUGGUGCCACCCAGAUUAAGAACACCAAUAAGAAAAUAGACUUCCACAGCGAUAAUGCGGACAAAAAUGGUUAUAAAGCCAGAUACCCAUCAGUGGAUUACAAUUUGGUGCAUGAACUCAAGAAUGAGGACUCUGUGAAAGAGGAGCGCAGCAAAUGUGAAGCUAAGUGUGAAACAUAUGAUUGUGAGGCAGAAGAAAAAACGGCAGUACAGCUAAAGAGUGAAACAUCUGAAAGGAAACGGCCAGAAUCGGUAUAUUCAACCUCAAAAGACACAAAGUACCAGUCGGUGUAUGUUAUAUCAGAAGAAAAAGAUGAAUGCAUCAUAGCAACAGAGGUUUAAAGGAAAGGCAACGAUGUGGCAAAAUUAUUGUUCUGAAACAGUUGUCAAAGGUUAUAUGCCCCAAUGAAUGCUGCUGAACAUGGAAAGGGAGAAAGAUUCCUUCACUGACUGCUGCUGAGAAACUAAAUUCAGGCUGAGCUGGUUCUCUACUGAAGUUAGCAAAAGUGACUGCAAAUAAUACAUGGUGGACACUAGGCCAGGGUCUGUGUUCAAAGAUACCUGUUGCACUGCCUUUUAUGAAUAUUUAUCAUUGCACUAUGGUCAGUUGCUUUUUUCUAUAUAUAUUUAAAUGAACGGACUUAAUUUCCUCCAUAAGAAACAUGCACUGCCCGAAGUGUAUAUUUUGGAUUCUUAUGAGCCAGUCGUUUCUUGAACUAGAGCUACAAACUGCCUUUAUUGUCCCUUUUUUAUACUAAAAUGUGUUUUUACUAGGUGGGGGAAAAAGUGUGUUAUUUUUUUUAAUCUGUAAAAAUUAUUUUCAGGACAUUUGUAAAUUUUGAGUAUUUUGUGAUGUUUUUUAUAAUUUAAUUUUUUGGUAAAUAUGUACAAAGGCACUUCUGGGUCUAUGUGACUAUAUUUUUUGUAUAUAAUGUAUUUAUGAAAUAUUGUGCAAAAUGUUAUUUGAGUUUUUUUUACUGUUUUUGUUAAUGAAGAAAUUCAUUUUUAAAAUAUUUUUCCAAAAUAAAUAUUAUUAAUGAUA